UGUACGGGCUUUUGUAGCAUUGCAGAUCCGGCGCUGAUGCGUUUUCGGAGGUUACUGCACGAUGGACAGCCGCGCGGCCGUGUGAGCGGCGGAGGACGGAGCCGUAGCUCUCUUCGGGCCGAGUGGACACGGUAAUGUCCUUCUGGACGGAGCAGGAGGAGCUGAUAGAAAUACCGAGGGAGGAGGCGCCGAGCGGCGGCCGGGUUUACGUCAAAUCCACCGGCCAGGGCAGGGGCUCGGUCGGUCGGUAGCAGCAGGGCUAGCGAGCUCUGUUUACUCUGGUUCCGAAAACCCAGGAACAUUUGAGAUGUUUUAUGUCACAUCGAGCCUCAAACCGAGUCACAGGGAGGCGUUUUUCCAGGAGGGCCAUGACUGACCCGCUUUAGCCGGACCGCAGUUUGCCUGCUCUGAGCCUGUAAGCGUUUUUCUGGUGAGCUCGCUGGAGCUCCAGCGUGUCGAGCUCUGUCGGAAAUAAUCGGCCUCGUCGCGAUUUGAACAUAUAAAGUUUGGAACCAUGUCUGCAGAGGUUCGUUUGAAGAAGCUGGAGAAGCUGGUUUUGGAUGGCCCCUCUCAGUCGAGCGGCCAGAGCCUGAGUGUGGAGACCCUGCUGGAUAUCCUCGUCUGCCUGUAUGAUGAGUGCAGCAACUCUCCCCUCAGGAGGGAGAAGAAUGUCCUGGAGUUCCUGGACUGGGCCAAACCCUUCACCUCCAAAGUGAAGCAGAUGCGCCUGCGUAAAGAGGACUUUGAGAUCCUGAAAGUGAUCGGCCGAGGAGCGUUUGGAGAGGUGGCCGUUGUGAAGGUCAAGAAUGCAGACAAAGUGUUUGCCAUGAAGAUCCUCAACAAAUGGGAGAUGCUGAAAAGGGCUGAGACGGCGUGCUUCCGGGAGGAGAGGGAUGUGCUGGUGAACGGGGACAGCCAGUGGAUCACCACAUUACAUUAUGCCUUCCAGGAUGAAAACAACUUGUACUUGGUGAUGGACUACUAUGUUGGAGGAGAUCUGCUGACCUUGCUGAGCAAGUUUGAGGACCGUUUGCCUGAGGACAUGGCCAAGUUCUACCUGGCGGAGAUGGUGCUGGCCAUCGACUCUGUGCACCAGCUGCACUAUGUUCACAGAGAUAUCAAGCCAGACAACAUCCUGAUGGACAUGAAUGGUCACAUCCGCUUGGCUGACUUCGGCUCCUGCCUCAAACUCAUGGAAGAUGGAACGGUGCAGUCCUCCGUCGCUGUGGGAACACCAGACUACAUAUCCCCCGAAAUCUUGCAGGCCAUGGAAGACGGGAAGGGCAAAUACGGGCCUGAAUGUGACUGGUGGUCUUUAGGUGUGUGUAUGUAUGAGAUGCUCUAUGGAGAGACGCCCUUCUACGCUGAAUCACUGGUGGAGACCUACGGCAAGAUCAUGAACCACAAAUCAUCUCACCCUCUGAAUGAGGAGAGGUUCCAGUUCCCGGUGCAGGUGUCAGACGUGUCGGAGGAGGCGAAGGAUCUGAUGCGAAGGCUGAUCUGUUCUCGUGAGCACCGGCUGGGCCAGAACGGCAUUAAGGACUUUAAAAGGCACCCGUUCUUCUCAGGCAUCGACUGGGACAACAUCCGUACCUGUGAGGCCCCCUACAUCCCCGAAGUUAGCAGCCCCACCGAUACCUCCAACUUCGAUGUGGAAGACGACUGCCUCAAGAACUCGGAGACAAUGCCACCACCUUCCCACACGGCCUUCUCCGGACACCACCUCCCCUUCAUCGGCUUCACUUACACUAGCAAAUGUUCUCUGUCAGACCGCGGCUGUCUGCGGGAGGCCAGUGGCUCUGAUCAGGUGGAUGCUGGGAUACAGAGGAGUUUGGAGGACAGCCUGGCCUCUGAAGCUUACGAGAGAAGGAUCCGCCGCCUUGAGCAGGAAAAGACCGAGCUCAGCCGCAAACUUCAGGAGUCCACCCAGACGGUGCAGGCCCUGCAGUACCCCAAUUCAGAUGUGCCAGUCAAUGCUAACAAAGAGGUGGAGAUCAGGAGCCUGAAGAGUGAAAUAGACAUCUUGAAAAAGCAGAUAGCAGAUUCUGGUCAGCUGGAACAGCAGCUGGAGAAAGCCAGCAUCGCACGUCGGGAUCUAGAAGACUCCUCCAAGGCCAUCAAGUCUCUGGAAAAGCAGCUAAAGGGUGUCAUGCAAGAGAAAGAUGACAUGCAUAAGGGGCUGCUGGAAGCGGAGGAGAAGCUGAAGGCUCAGGGGAAAGACCUAAAAGAAGCACACAGUCAGAGGAAGAUGGCCAUGAAGGAGUUCUCUGAGCUGAGCGAGCGCCUCACUGACCAGCGCUCGCACAAUCAGCGGCUGGCCCGUCAGCUGCGUGACAAGGAGGAGGAGAUGGAGGGCUUGUCUCAGAAGGUGGAGAGUCUGCGACUGGAGGUGCGCAAAGCUGAGAGAGCACGCAAAGAGCUGGAAGCGCAGGCAGAGGAACAAACGGCCGAGGCUCAGAAAGAGAGAAAGCUACGAGAGAGAAACGAGCAGUACAGCAGACAGUUGGAGGAGGAAUUGGAGGGCGUAAAGCAGUUGAAGCAGACUGGGCCGCUUCAUGCGACUGUGGGUUUAGAUCAGCAGCAGGAGGUGGUGCGGCUGCGGGCGGAGCUGGAGAAGAAGAGCGUGCAGCAUGAGGAGGAGCUGUGUCGCAGGGAGACGCUCCACAGCACUGAGCUGAAGAGCCUCCGGAAGGAGCUCCGCGACGCCGAAGCCCAGCACCUCACCCUGCAGAAAGAAAUCCUCAUGCUUAAAGACAAGCUGGAGAAGGCUCGCCGAGAAAGCCAUAGUGAGCGUGAGGAGUUUGAGGCCGAGUGCAAGCAGAAGUAUGAGCGGGAACGGGUGCUUCUGACGGAGGACAACAAGAAGCUCACCAGUGAGCUGGAGAAGCUGAGCUCCAUGUUUGAGAAGAUGAACAGUAGCCACAGGCAGCUGGAGGAGGAGAUGAGGGAGCUAGCCGAUAAGAAGGAGAGUGUGGCCCACUGGGAGGCCCAGAUCACAGAGAUCAUUCAGUGGGUAAGUGAUGAGAAGGAUGCCAGAGGCUACCUUCAAGCAUUAGCCACCAAGAUGACUGAGGAGCUGGAAGGACUGAGGAAUACCAGCCUGGGAGCCAGAGGCACAGACAUGCCAUGGAAGAUGCGGCGAUUUGCUAAGCUGGACAUGUCUGCCCGUUUGGAGCUGCAGUCUGCGCUGGACGCUGAGAUCCGAGCUAAACAGGCCAUCCAGGAUGAGCUCAACAAAGUCAAAGCCUCCAACAUCUCCACUGAGUGUAAACUGCAGGAGUCUGAGGGCAAGAAUCAGGAGCUGCUGUCUGAGAUUGAAAGGAUGAGGAAAGAGAUGGAGGACCUGCGUCAGAGGAGGGGUGUCAAGCACCAGGAUUCUCAGAACUCCUUCUUGGCCUUUCUCAAUGCUCCCACAUCUGCGCUGGACCAGUUUGAUCGCUCACCUUCUUGUGGUCCAGGAAGCAAAGGCCGACGCCUUGAUUCAGCCGAUUUUACUCCAUCUAACACCCCAUCACGGGAUGAGGAUUCUAAAUCUCGCCGCAUAUACCGCUCACGCUCGCCAUCCACCGCCAGUGACCUGGAGCCCAUUGAGCUGGUGGACCACUCGUCACGUCUCCAGACCCCAACUGGAAGAUCUGGCUACAGCAGCCUGGGCCACUCCUCUCCUAAACCCAAGGCCCAUCAGUUUGUGGUGAAGUCCUUCAGCGUCCCCACCAAGUGUAAUCAGUGUACCUCCCUUAUGGUUGGCCUCAUCCGCCAGGGCUGCAGCUGUGAAGUGUGUCAUUUUUCCUGUCACGUUACCUGUGCGGACAAGGCCCCUGCUGUUUGUCCAGUUCCUCCUGAGCAGACGAAGGGUCCACUGGGCAUCGACCCACAAAGGGGCAUUGGCACCGCCUAUGAGGGCCACGUCCGGGUGCCGAAGCCCACAGGUGUGAAGAAAGGCUGGCAGAGGGCCCUGGCCGUGGUGUGUGACUUUAAACUCUUUCUGUACGAGCUUGGUGAGGGCAAAACCACCCAGCCCAGCGUGGUGGUCAGCCAGGUCAUCGACAUGAGGGAUGAAGAGUUUUCAGUAAGCCCAGUCUUGGCCUCCGAUGUCAUCCAUGCCAACAAGAAGGACAUCCCCUGCAUAUUUAGAGUAACAGCGUCUCAGCUGUCGGCCUCCUCCAGCCAGAAGACGUCCAUCCUGAUCUUGGCUGACAGUGACCAUGAACGCUCCAAGUGGGUGGAUAUGCUUAACGAGCUGCACCGUAUCCUGAAGAAGAAUAAGCUGAAGGAGCGCUUUGUGUAUGUGCCUAAAGAAGCCUAUGACAGCACGCUGCCUCUCAUCAAAACCACUCAGAGUGCUGCUAUUAUAGAUCACGAGCGUGUGGCCCUAGGCAAUGAAGAAGGCCUUUACGUGAUUCAUGUCACCAAAGAUGAGAUCACCCGCGUGGGCGACAACAAGAAGGUGCAUCAUGUGGACCUGCUACCUUCGGAGCAGCUGCUGGCCGUCAUCUCUGGCAGGAACCGCCACGUGCGGCUGAUCCCCAUGGCCGGCCUGGACGGACGUGAGACUGACUCCUUUAAGCUUCCUGAAACUAAAGGCUGUCAGGCCCUGGUGUCUGGACCGCUGCGCAAUGGCGCCCUCACCUGUUUGUGUGUGGCCAUGAAGCGGCAGAUCAUCUGCUACGAGGUCAUCAAGAGCAAGGCCCGCCACCGACGUCUCCGAGAGAUCCAGGUGCCGGGAAUGGUUCAGUGGAUGGCGCUGCUAAAUGAGCGUUUGGUUGUGGGCUACCAGGCGGGCUUCAUGCGCUAUAGCAUGCACUCAGACUCUCCUCCAAUCAGCCUCCUUCACCCUGAGGACCACACGCUGGCCUUCAUCGGGCAGCAGGGCCUGGACGCUCUGUGUGCCGUGGAGAUCUCCAGCAAAGAGCUGCUGCUGUGUUUCAGCUGUCUUGGUGUGUAUGUGGACACACACGGCCGGCGCUCGCGGCAGCAGGAGCUGAUGUGGCCCGCGGUCCCCACGGCAUGCUGCUACAGCGCCCCCUACCUGUCGGUGUACAGUGAGAACGCAGUGGACGUAUUUGAUGUGAACACAAUGGAAUGGAUUCAGACCAUCCCUCUCAAAAAGGUUCGGCCGCUGAACACAGACGGCUCUCUAAAUCUGCUGGGUUUAGAGACAGUGAGGCUGAUCUACUUCAGAAACAAGACUGCAGAGGGAGAUGAGCUGGUGGUGCCGGAGGUGUCUGAUAACAGCCGGAAGCAGAUGGUGCGCAGUAUGAACAAUAAGAGACGCUUCUCUUUCCGCAUACCUGAGGAGGAGAGACUGCAACAAAGGAGAGAGAUGCUGAGGGAUCCUGAGAAAAGGAACAAGCUGAUCUCAAACCCAACCAAUUUUAACCAUGUGGCUCACAUGGGACCUGGGGAUGGCAUCCAGAUCCUAAAGGAUCUGCCCAUGAACGUGCGUGCUCAGGAGAAUCGGCCUGGUUUCAGUGGCUCAGUUAGUAUCCCGUCCAUGGCUAAAACCCGGGCCGAACCGGGCCGAUCCAUGAGCGCCAGCAGUGGUCUGGGCAUACGUUCCUCUUCACAGAACGGCAGCGCUCUGAGGAGGGAGCUGUCGAGCGGUAGCUACGGCUCCAAGCGCCAAACCAUGACUUCUCCGUCUGAAAGCUCACUGUCCUCAGGGGGAGGAAUGGAUAUUGGAGACGCACCGCUGUCCCAGUUUGACAGAGAGGCCGUGUCGCCCUCGGAGAAGACGCCCGAUCUGAAACGGGCGUUAAGGACCCUGCUUAGUAAAAUGAAGGAUUCGGACUCGCCGCGUCACUCCACUGCCUCCAACAGCUCCACCUUCAGCAGCCCGCCGAGCCCCGCCUCCCCGCACAAGACCAAGUCUCUCUCGCUGGAGAGUACAGACCGUAUGGCCUGGGACACAUGAUAGACAGCAGCUUGAGACCAAUCACAACAUGCCCUGGCCCAGCCUGCCACAGGCUCCUCCCCCAUCCCUGCCCAUGGAACUGCACCCGGUGCUACAGGCCCUUCCCACUUCAUUCUGCAAGAGGAUCUCAGUUGAGGAAAACAUGCAGGAGAGGAUGCUGGACUGUCAGUGGUGUGUGUGUGUGUGUGUGUGUGUGUGUGUGUGUGUGUGUGUGUAUGCGUGGCCAGGGCAUACGUUGGAAUGAAUAGGACCCUCUACAUAUGGCGUGAAGCUGACUGGUGACACAUUUAUGCUUCGGAGCGUCACUGGCUGGACUUCAGCCUUCUCAAUCCGGGCAAAGCUCACUGCUGCAAAGGGGGAUUUUAUCUAGACUGGCAUUUGUAUAUAGACUGGGGUUUUCGGGGGUGAACUUAUUUAUUUCUAGCUAUUAAAAAAAGACAGUAUCAUUUCCCUCGUUUCCUUCUUCAACUGUGGACCAUAACGACAGCUGCGUUUGUGGGGGAACAAACAAAAAAGACCAAAAUACAGCAGCGUAUAUUUUCUUUUGCUAUAGAAAAUAAUUUGUGCAGAGACUUCUAGCCGGCUGCAGCUUUCUUCGUGAUAUGCUUUCGUCAUCACCUCAUUACUUGCAUUACUUCCUUCUGUAGACCCUUAAGUAUCUCUAAUAGCUUUUCCUUUCAGUUUAUCUCCACACUCUGAGUUGGACUUCACACAAUCAAAAUCUUCCACAAAGCGCCACUGACCUGUGAAACCACAGAGUUCCAUCACAAAGAUGUACAUAGGCUAAAAGCAUAGUAUAAUAUAUAAUAAGGAAAUACUGUAGAGGAAAAAACAGUGGAGUCUUUUUUUUUAUUAUUUAAAAUAGUUUUGAUGUACCCAUGCCAAGGUUAUUUUAAAUUUUAUUUACAUUGUUGUAUUUUGACCACUUUUUUUUAUUUGACUCUUGAAAACUUUGUUUUACCAUUUGAAGAUUUUUGUGAGAGUCAUGUUGCUAAGUGUUUAACCUGCAACACACAAAAAAACAAAAAAAAAACAAAGCGUCUCUUUGCUCUGAUGUUAUUUUCUCUAUUGUAAGAGAUAGCAAUAUGUAUUAGCUGAACUGAGAUUACGACACGCAAACACAUCUGUAUUUUGCCCCCCACAAGAAAGAAGAGUGUGUGAGAAAAAGGUCUGAUGCAGUUUUGUCUGUCUCCUAAGUUUUACUCCCAAAGAUAUGGAACAAUGUAGCUUCUCAGAAAACGGUUGUGUGUGGGGAAACAGUAUUUUCGUUCCGAUUUAAUUGCACAUUCAUACCACUUUAAUGAUUGUGAACGUCACUGUUAUACUUUUAUGACAUGUAAGCGUAAGCUGGCCGAGGAUGUUCUUUCAUCUCCUUGCACAACUCUGAAGAAUAAGUUGUUGUCCUUAAAGUCUUUGCCUUGGCGUUAAAGAAAUAAAGCCUCCGAUGACCGUUUCCGAUGGUUUAUUAUGUGUUUAGCUCUCUGGAGAGGGGUAAUUAUGUGGAACCCUUCAUUAACUUCCCCACUGAAUAACGUUUAGAUUUGCACUCUAACAAAGGUCUUAAGAUGUGGACACAAACUUUCUUUGGUUGGUUUAUGGUUUGUGCUGGCAAAAAUGUUGUUAGUCGUGUACACCCGUCUUCUCCUUUCCACGUGAACAAUCUCUGAGGCUUGAACAAAGUUCUGGGGAUUUGUGUUCCAGUGCAAUCUUCACUUUAUCUGUAGAAACCAAUGCAUACAGACUGCUGUAAAAUCUCCAGUCUUCUGUUCUUAUGACCGAAGAUGGAAUCUUUUAACAUGUCAUUCCAUAACGGAUCACUUCUAGAGGCUCAUCAACUGGAUUGUCAACUCAGGAUUGUCAAUGUCAUUCCAUCUGCAGCUCAAGCUAACGUGAAAGAACAUACUGGGCAGCUGUUACCCAAAAGCAGUGAUGUUUAGUGAUGCACACGGGGAACAUGGGGGGCCAUUUAAACAGUCAGCCAGAGAAGCCAGUCCAUUAUAACACGCUUCUGCGUUUCAGUGGUCUUAUCUACGUUACCUUCAAUGUGCUCUCAUAUAUCACUUUUUUUAGAAUAUGCUUUGUAAUAAUUUGUACAGUUUUGCAUGUCAUAGAUGUAUUCAUUUCUUGGUUUCAUUCCAUGGUUGUAUAAUGUUUUUUCACAUUUUUAGAGGUGGGGUAGGUUUUCUUGCAGAGAGCUCACUACAGGCGGUUUUUGUCCUUGUUUUUUGUUUUUGUUUUUUUGCACAGAGAUAUUUAAGACAGAAGAUGGAGCAAAUGAAUGGCUUGAACUGGCCACUAAGCAAAUGUGGAGAACUUAUUACAUAACCUGACUCUGAUGUAAUUCAAUAAACGGAGGGAGAUGACACAA